GCAGACGGUCGGGGCCCCGCGAGCAACCGGAGCGGGCGAGCGGCCCACUCCUCCCUCCUCCUAGGCGGCCGCCUCCUCCUCCCUUCGUCCUCCCGCCCCCACUGCGUGUGCGGCGGAGGCUCCAGGGCUCGCGCUGCCUCUUUCUCCCGCUCGCUGGGCUCCGGCUCCCACUUCUCCCCGCCGCUGCGCUCCCGGGACCCGAGCCGUCUCCGUGCUUAGCCUCGGCGGCCCACGGUGCUCCGAGAGCCUCGCAAAAGCAGCUCGCGGGUAGAGAGUGGGACGCCCCGGUCCCUUCCCCCGCUCGGGUCAGCCUCUGCCCGGCUCGCAGCACCUCUGGCUCCCUCACGGUCGGCUUGGGAGGACAGGGUGAGAAGGUGAAGUGGAAAGGACCGACAGGGCACGGGGCCAGGCGCACAGCUCACAUUGCCUUUUCAUUGAGCAAAGCCCAAGAUAAUUUUUUUUAAAGCUCUGCACGCCCCCCACCCCUUCUUCCAUUUUCUUUGCGCUUUUUAAAGGAAACUUAUUUUGGGGGUGCUUUGCGCUGGGGUAGCUGCUUUGCCCAGUAGUUGCGAAGUGCACUCGACUCGUGAUGGUGUUCCUGUCACUUUGGUUGAUAGCAGCCUCUCUGGUAGAGGUUAGGACAUCAGCUGAUGGACAAGCUGGUACUGAAGAAAUGGUGCAAAUAGAUUUACCAACAAAGAGAUACAGAGACUAUGAGCUGGUGACACCAGUUAGCACAAAUCUGAAAGGACACUAUCUUUCCCAUAUUCUUUCUGCAAAUCACAAAAAGAGGUCACCCAGGGACGUGUCGUCUAACUCGGAGCAUUUGUUCUUCAACAUCACAGCAUUUGGAAGAGAUUUUCAUCUUCGACUUAAGCCAAACACUCACUUCCUAGCUCCUGGGGCUGUGGUGGAAUGGGAAGAGACAACUCCAAGGCCUGGGAAUACCACUGACCCUGGAGAUAGCCAUACACACAGAAGCACUUUGGAAGGAAGCUGGAGAUCAGAGCCUUUGCAGACUAGCUGUGCCUAUGUUGGUGACAUCAUGGACAUUCCAGGAACCUCUGUUGCCAUUAGCAACUGUGAUGGUCUGGCUGGAAUGAUAAAGAGUGAAAAUGAAGAAUAUUUCAUUGAACCUUUGGAGAGAGGGAAGCAGAUGGAUGAAGAAAAGGGAAGGAUUCACAUUGUCUACAAGAGAUCAGCAGUGGAGCCGGCUCCCAGAGAUGCGUCUGAAGACGUCUACUACAGGGAUUCGGAUCUGGAAGGCCUUGAUGAUCUAGGUACAGUUUACAGCAACAUUGGCCAGCAGCUGAAUGAGACAAUGCGGCGCCGCAGACAUGCAGGAGAGAAUGAUUACAACAUUGAGGUGCUUCUGGGAGUGGAUGACUCUGUAGUCCGUUUCCAUGGCAAAGAGCAUGUCCAAAACUACCUCCUCACCCUGAUGAACAUUGUAAAUGAAAUCUACCAUGAUGAGUCCCUCGGAGUGCAUAUAAAUGUGGUCCUGGUACGAAUGAUCAUGCUCGGUUAUGCAAAGUCCAUCAGUCUCAUCGAAAGGGGAAACCCGUCCAGGAGCCUGGAGAACGUGUGCCGCUGGGCUUGCCAACAACAAAAACCCGAUCCGAACCACGCUGAACACCAUGAUCAUGCAAUUUUCUUAACCAGGCAAGACUUUGGGCCUGCUGGAAUGCAAGGAUAUGCUCCCGUCACAGGCAUGUGUCACCCAGUGAGAAGUUGCACCCUGAAUCACGAAGAUGGUUUCUCGUCUGCCUUUGUAGUAGCCCAUGAAACUGGCCAUGUGUUGGGCAUGGAGCAUGACGGGCAAGGUAACAGGUGUGGUGACGAGACCGCCAUGGGCAGCGUCAUGGCGCCACUGGUACAAGCUGCUUUCCAUCGCUACCACUGGUCCAGAUGCAGCGGUCAGGAACUGAAACGAUACAUCCAUUCCUAUGACUGUCUCCUUGAUGACCCCUUUGAACACGACUGGCCCAAACUCCCAGAACUCCCUGGAAUUAAUUAUUCCAUGGAUGAGCAAUGCCGUUUUGAUUUUGGUGUUGGCUACAAAAUGUGUACUGCGUUCCGAACCUUUGACCCCUGCAAACAGCUGUGGUGCAGCCAUCCUGAUAACCCAUACUUCUGUAAGACAAAGAAGGGACCCCCACUCGAUGGAACUGAGUGUGCUGCUGGGAAGUGGUGCUAUAAAGGACACUGCAUGUGGAAGAAUGCUAACCAGCAAAAGCAAGAUGGCAACUGGGGGUCAUGGACCAAAUUUGGCUCCUGUUCCCGGACAUGUGGAACUGGUGUUCGUUUUAGAACACGCCAAUGCAAUAAUCCCACGCCCAUCAAUGGUGGGCAGGACUGCCCUGGUGUUAAUUUUGAGUACCAGCUCUGUAAUACAGAAGAAUGCCAAAAGCGCUUUGAAGACUUCAGGGCCCAGCAGUGCCAGCAGCGUAACUCACACUUUGACUACCAGAAUACCAAACACCACUGGCUGCCGCAUGAACAUCCGGACUCCAAGAAAAGAUGCCAUCUUUACUGUCAGUCCAAAGAAACUGGGGACGUUGCUUACAUGAAACAACUGGUGCACGACGGGACGCGCUGCUCUUACAAAGAUCCAUACAGCAUAUGUGUGCGAGGAGAGUGUGUGAAAGUGGGCUGCGAUAAAGAAAUCGGCUCCAACAAAGUUGAGGAUAAGUGUGGGGUCUGUGGAGGGGACAAUUCCCACUGCCGAACUGUGAAGGGGACAUUUACCAGGACACCCAGGAAACUUGGGUACCUUAAGAUGUUUGAUAUACCCCCUGGGGCUAGACAUGUGUUAAUCCAAGAAGACGAGGCUUCUCCUCAUGUUCUUGCCAUCAAGAACCAAGCGACAGGUCACUACAUUUUAAAUGGCAAAGGGGAGCAAGCCAAGUCUCGGACCUUCAUAGAUCUCGGUGUGGAAUGGGAUUACAACAUUGAAGAUGACAUCGAAACUCUCCACACAGAUGGGCCGCUCCAUGACCCCGUGAUUGUCCUGAUCAUACCUCAGGAGAAUGACACACGCUCCAGCCUGACUUACAAGUACAUCAUCCAUGAAGACUCGGUGCCAACAAUCAACAGCAACAACGUCAUCCAGGAGGAGCUGGAUACCUUCGAGUGGGCAUUGAAGAGCUGGUCUCAGUGCUCCGAACCCUGUGGCGGAGGAUUCCAGUAUACAAAGUAUGGAUGCCGAAGGAAAAGCGACAGUAAAAUGGUUCACCGCAGCUUCUGUGAGGUCAAUAAAAAGCCAAAACCCAUCAGACGGAUGUGCAACAUUCAGGAGUGCACGCACCCCCUCUGGGCAGCCGAGGAAUGGGAACACUGCAGCAGAAGCUGCGGCAGCGCUGGGUACCAGCUGCGCACUGUGCGCUGCCUCCAGCCACUCCAGGAUGGCACCAACCGCUCCGUGCACAGCAAGUACUGCCUGGGAGACCGCCCGGAGAGCCGCAGGCCCUGUAACAGAAUGCCCUGCCCAGCCCAGUGGAAAACAGGGCCCUGGAAUGAGUGUUCCGUGACCUGCGGUGAGGGAACAGAGGUGAGACAGGUUCUCUGUAGGGCUGGAGACCACUGUGAUGGAGAAAAGCCCGAGUCCGUCAGAGCCUGCCAGCUGCCUCCCUGUAAUGAUGAGCCAUGCUUGGGUGACAAGUCCAUAUUCUGUCAAAUGGAGGUGCUAGCAAGAUACUGCUCCAUCCCAGGGUAUAACAAGUUAUGCUGUGAGUCGUGUAGCAAGCGCAGUGGUACCCUGCCACCACCAUACCUUGAAGAAGCUGCUGAAAUCCACAGUGAUGCUAUCUUUGGCCCUAGUGACCUCCCUAGGUCCCUAGUGAUGCCCACACCCUUCCUCCCUUACUACUCAGGGACCCGUGCUGAGAAGAAAGCCUUCAGUAGCAUCUCCUCCGUGGAGAACCCCAAUGCGGAUGCCGCCUUCACAGCCCACGGCAAAGCCAGUGGCGAGUUCCACCAGAAGAAAGCACAACAGGCCGGAAGAAAGGCGCUGGUAUCAAUACCAUCCUCCUCCUCUUCCGUAAGGACUGAUCACCUUCGUUCUGCCUCUGCUGCGGCUGCUGACCCCUCCCCUGCUAUCAGUGAUUCAAUAGGUGCUUCUCCCCAGACAAGAACCCCAAAGAAAGAUGCAAAGAGUAUUAGCAGGAGACAUCCGACCAGGUCAAUCGCCUCAAAGAGAUGAGAAAGCAGAUCAGUGGAGCUAGAAGUCAAAGGGAAUCCUGGACAGCCUCCUCCCUGCAUGGUGCAUACAGCUUGUUAAAAAGCAGUACUCUCCACAAAAGGUUUACUCACGUCCUCUGGACAUGGAAGGACAGGAAGUGCUGGUUCACUUUUUAGUUGCUUCCAUCUUUCUCCUGUUCUACAUCGACUUGUUUACCAGAAUCCAUUGGGAAAAAGCGCCAAAGACUGUUUUCGGAAGGAAAGAGCCCAGCUGCCAGUGUCCCCUGCCUUAGAAUGCCAGCAGUUGGGAAACUUAAGGCAAGAGGGUAGCCGCGGCCACCAGUUCCAGGACAGCCAGGAACAACUCUCCCCCCAAAAAACAACAAAAACGAAGAAACAGAAAGGGUUGCUCUCUUAAGGAAGAGAAGAGACUAGAGCCAAUUGUGCACAUCAGCUGAUUUGUUUUUUAAAAGUUACAGUUAAGAAAAACCCAAACAAAUGCCAGUGGUUUACGCUUCAAGAAAUUUUUGGAAAUAAUUCUUAGACUUGUAUUCCUAUUUAUCUAUAUUAGAAAUACUGUAUGAGCAAAUUUGCAACUGUCAUGUAAAUACUGUACAUUGCAGAAAUCAGUAUUAUUUUAAAAGAUGUUCUCAAAUGAUUGUUUACUAUCUUACAUUUCUGGAUGUUCUAGGGUGCCUGUCAUUAAGUAUUGCCUUAUGUGACAUUCCAUGAGUUGAUUUCAAAGCAGACCAGGAUGAAGAAGUUGGAUUAUAGCUACUGACAAUACAAAGAGGGUUUGCCAUUUGUUAUCUGUUGACACUGCAGAUGUGCAGGUGACUCAUUUAAUCUACUGCCUUCCUUUCUCGCAACAAAGGGAACAGGACUGGUGUCUUCAUGUGUUUGUGCACACAGGCUGCAGUGCCUAAGACGGCACAAGACAAAACCCAACCUUCUUGCCAUCACAUCAAAGGGCACCAUGGCGGUAUGAAGCAUCUCAGCGAUGUCCUGUCCGUGUGCUAUCAGCUGAACUUGGUAUACUGUGAGCAUCACAGAUGUGUUGUGUGUGUUCUUUCUUUCAUCGCUGAGAAAAGGAUCAUCAGGCUAGAACUGACACAUGAGUGCAUUAGUGCUUUGAGAGCAAGUUCAAGGAAGAGUCUUUGUCAUGGUUGCGAUAUUUAUUUUCUGCAUGGUUCUUAUCUAAAUGUUCCCAGUCACAAUGCAUUGGACUGCAGUACCAUGCUGGCAGUUCUGUUAGUGACCAACAUGCUCACACAAAGCCAGAAAUGCUCCCUCCAGGGACUGGAUGUAUAGUACUUGUAUAUAGGAUACAGAUCUGAAGAUAUUUAUUUUAAGAGUUGAUUUUUUUCUUGAUAGUCUUUUUAUGUCUUUAAUAUUGACACUAAUAUCAAUGACAUUUUAGUAAACUAGAGAGACAUCAUUAGGUGUGUGUGCUAUGUUCUGUGCAGAAGGGACAAAUUUAAACCAAGCACACAGCCAACUCACAGAACUAAAAUUCAACAGAUUCUUACUUUAAAAAAAAAAAAAAAGAACAAAUUUGGCAGUACUUGAUUGACUCCAGGACCUUGCAUGUACUAAGCCUCUGAGCUGCAUCUCUGUCCCCUUUUGUUUCCCAUACAGGAUCUCCUUAAGCUGCCUAGGCAGGCCUUGAACUUGUGAUCCACUUGCCACAACCUCCCAAGAAACUGGGGUUACAAGCGAAGCUUGUGUUAAAUAUUUACAUUUUUGAAAGUAGUCUAUACAGAAUUAAUGACUUGUUCCCCUUCAAGGAUGCAUAGAAUAGUCAGGAAUUCAGCUAGCUGUUAAUAAAUUAGAAACAUUCCUAAUUUACCUGGUGACGUGGGUGGUGCACACCUGUCAUCCCCUCAUUCAGAAGCUGAAGCAGGAGGAUUACGUUAAAUGUGCAGCCAGCCUGGGGCAUGUAGCGAGGCUCUGUUUCAAACAAAACAUGUUUUAGGUGUGUGAUGAGUACUUCCUGAAUUGCACUUAAAGACAAAGGUGUUGGGAGCAUGCUUUUGAAGUCAUUUUCUAAGCAUGUCUAGAAAUCCAUUACACAGACUAAAGUAGAGACGCAUUAUCCUCUCAAAGCACAGACUGGGGAGGCCUUUUAUGUUAUAACCCAUCGUAAGUCAACAGCCUAAGCUAUGACUCAAUACCUCGAAACAAUUGCUGCUACUUCAUGCAAGAAUUUUAAAUGUUGAGUUAGGUGAUUUCCUGAUAGUUAAAUCAUCCCUGGGCCUUAAAAAGUCCCUUCUCCUCUCUCUCUCUCUCUUGAAAACUUCACCGGAAUGAAAUUCUCUCUAGUUUGCUUGGCUGUACACACAUCUGGUCCACAGGGAAUCUGAAGAUGGUUACACACAUACACCUCCCAUAAGAUGUAUAUAUUCCUUCCACUUUCUACCUAUGUGCUUUUUUUUUCUACUAAGCUGAAAAGUUCCUUUUUAUCAAGGUGUACACUACUGAUGCUGUUUGUUGUAUUGGGAACACAUAGCAAUAAAAAAAAAAAAGUGAAAGAGGA